AUGCAUUUCAGCCUCGAAUUAGAGCAAAGGCGUCAAUAUAUCCAACUUCAAGAGACUACCCAGGUACAAGUCCUCAGGGCACACGACAAGUUGGAUCAGGUUAUUGAGCUUAUUCGCUCGCUCUACCUGCCUCUACGUCACGGUCCGGAGGGGUUGCGGCAAGACUCUGACGAGAAUAUGUUCAAUGGCUUGGAGCGACUAGCUCGUUUUAAGGCUCUCAGUAUAACGGUUGCUGGCGGCGAUUUAUCUUGUGAGAAUGGCAUAGCAGCGCAGGUUGGGGUUAGAGUCCCAUUGCUUGAUGGUCUGAAGUUGGCUGUGUCCCAACUUAAGUUUUUGGGUAAUCAGGAAGAGAACGAUUCCCAACGAGUUUUGGGAACGUUUGAUGCUACUUCUGUGUGGAUAGAGUGGAAGAACUACGAUCCUGAAAGCACAACGUUAGCAUGUCGCUUUAUUGAAAAUCGGAUUGCGCGCCUCACUGCACUGCUUCUUAAAAAUCCAGAGAAUCCCGAACGGCUUCAACUUCCAGCUUCUCUCGGAUAUGUUCAUGAUCCAGAUUCGACGCGAUUUGGACUUGUAUUCGAAUCUCCUGUCUCAACAGACACGUUGGGUUCCCGGUCUCUCUAUGCAAGGUUACAAACUACCUUAAAGCCCUCUUUAACUACCAGAUUAGACAUAGCACGAAGACUGACGACGAGCUUGAAAUAUCUCCAUGUAUCGAGAUGGCUCCAUAAAGGCCUACGAAGCGAUAAUAUCCUGUUCCUUACACCUUCUUAUACGAGCUGGACACCUUUCUGCCUUUCUGGGUUCGAUUAUUCUCGUCCGGCAGACCCUGAUGAAGCAACAGAACUUCCGACCGACCGUAGGGAACAUGAUUUAUAUCGGCAUCCAGAUGUUCAGUUCGAUGUCCCCCGAGAUGGAGAAUACGGAUACGAAGAAAAGCACGACGUGUACAGCCUUGGGGUGAUUUUAAUGGAAAUUGGAUUAUGGCAGCCUAUUCACCAGUUCCUUGGGCUUUCUUUGAAUCAGCUUAUCCCACGUCCAGCUAUAAGACGGGCUCGUAUUAGUCUCUUAAAAGCCGAAUCCCUUACUAUUCUUGAGUCAGAGGCCGGUGCAAGAUUUUCGGAAGCCGUCCGGCUGUGUUUAGCUGGCGAUAUUAGACAGCCACCAGGCGAAAUUAGGAGUCCAGGAAUGGCCGAGGAAAUAGAUCAUCCAGCAUUUGACUCAAUAGAUUGCCUGAGAAAAGUUGAGGAGAUUUUGCAAGGGAUUACAGUAUAA